ACCUUCACCAGGGCUCAGCGGAUUGAUAUUUUAUCAUUUAUUGAUAAUUAAUUGGGAAAAUAAAACACCAUUCUACUCGUUUAAUUCUCAAAGACACAUAAUCCAGGUGUCUUCAAACACGUUUGAUCUGAAAGCAUCCAAACCCUUAUAGUGUUUUGAUCUUUGUUGUUGUUCUGUCCUGUCAGACAAGCUGCAAAAAUGGAAGGAAAAAAAAAGCUUCUCUACACAUUUUUUCUCCUUAUGUAAUUUGUAAAUACUGCUUCCUCCUACAGACUUCACUCUAUCAGGCAGCUUUCUUUUUGAAGUGGAUGUAGGACAAGUUGGAUGUUCCAGUAGCAGAGAGGUGGAAAUCUCUGAUGUGCUAAUGUCUCUUUUGUCAAAGGCACAGAUGCUUGCGGGCUUCGUUCAUCUUCCUGCAUCCGUACACCAGGAACACUGCAUCUAUUGUGUUUUUGUGUUUGAAGAAUGAUCAGUGAUGCUGGGGGCUCUAUUUUGAAUCUAUUUGAGGAUCAUUAAUACCAUUUGCAUAAUUUGGGUCUGAUGUGCAAAAAAAUCUUUCUGCCACAAAUCUGCUAAGAUUGUUUACCCUUUUACGUCUUCCAGAGGUCAAAUGUUAUUUGCUUUCCUUGUAUGGUGCCCACUUUUGAUCAGGAAGUGAUUAGCAUGAGCUGAAAAGGGAAUCAUUCAGUCAUAGAGCAGUUUCGUCAUGGAAACGCAGAAUUAGUCCUUUUGUGGUUUGAAAAGAAACUUCUUCUAGUACUGAUAGUAUAAAAGCCAUCUCUGCAAAUAACCAGUGAGUCAGACUCUGAGUCGUUCUGCGAAAACAUUAGCGUGACCCCUAAAAUGCUCUUUGAUUACACGCCCACUGUCAAUGGUGAGGAGUUCAGUCAUGGGCAAGAAAUGGAAAGCUCCAACACACACACACAGAGCAUUAAAAAUGGAUGCAAUUUUUCAUCUACUUGCAGUCACAUGUGCACGCCUGCAGAUGAGAUUGUCUCUGCAAAUGGCUUUGCUGCCUCGUGUGUUUGUGCUGGUGCCACGCUGUGUGGAGGUCAGAGUAACCUUGCCAUCGCCUGUGGAGGACACAAACAGCCAUAUGGGGAAAAUAUAUUCAAAGUAGCAUUACCAAAAUAUUUUUUCGAUAAAAAGCAUCCGGUUGCAACAUUAUUUUUUUAACUCAAGUUUUUUUUUUUAUAGUAAGGGGCACCCUAAUACUUGUGCAACCCCGACUGUCUCUCAGGUGGGAAGACUAGAGACUGUUUUUUUUUUUUUUCUUUGCUGACUCAGAAUCUGUUUGAGUGUAAUUCUGGUUUUGGUAGUUUGGCUGGUGUGUUAGCUGUGUGCAAUAUCUUUCAGACAUCUCUUUUCCUUUAAUAGGCAUUAUUCCGUUUCCUCCCUUGGUCUACAUCCCUCCCUCGUCUGUUUUCUUCCCCUCUCUCCCUCACUCGAUGGUGUCCCUGUACUGUUGCAACAUUCAUUUAACCCAGAAGCUCAGUGGACUGAAGUCCAGAUGUUUUUGUCCUGCUUUAGACUUUAAUUAGAAUCAUUGGUUUCAUGGGUCUUGCUAAAAGUAGAGUUUGUCGUCCUCACAAAACUAAAACUGCAAACCUGGGGGAGAAAAAUUCCUCAUGGUCCUAUUUAAUGCCUUUUUUCUCCAUUGGAAUGGGAAACUGCUUAGACUGGCCUCUGAGAGCGGUAAGAUUUUGAAACACAAACUUUGCACUGACAUUUUCUGGAAUUUAGCUUAGAGUGAUAUAAAGGAUUGUAUUUAUAUUAGUUUUUCUGCCAAAAACUUUUGCCCAUGUUGUGCAUUUUUUAAUCCAAAAACAGUCAAUCCAUAAGAGUUUGAGUAGAUUUAUGUUAGAUUGACAUGAUUGUGUCAUAUAUUUGUCGAGAACAUGAUGUAUCUUGUUCUGGUCUCUUGAUUCAAGAUUUUUAAAAGUCCUAAUGUAAAAGUGAUAUUGGAUUUUGGCAAGCCUUGGUUGUUCAACAGGAGCCACUUACUAAUAAGUGCUCAAUGUCCCGUAGAAGAAAAUGUGCCUGCAGUGUAUUUCUUAGCCAGCUCCCUGGUGCUUUCAUUCUCCUUUUUCUGCUUCUGUUUACUCUUCGUCAGGCAGUGUAUAGGUGUGAGGUGCCAGUCUGUACAAGUGCCGAGUAAACUGUUAUGAGCAAUGGGUGGAAAGUUGGCAACAUGUGUUUUAUAGAUGUAUUUAGGUAAUUUUUCCACCUUGUUUUCACCUAUAUGACAUUGUUUUUCUUACUUAGGCUCUUGUAUAACACAUACACAUGUUGUACAACAGGCUUUAUUUAUUAGGGCUGUUUCCUCUAAAAUGUAAAGGAAGUGUGCACCAACAACUUUUUUUCUCUGCCCACCCAUGGGAAGAUGGUCCAGGAUGCUGAGAGGAGACUGAGGCUGGUGCUGUCAUGUGCAGAGAUUGCCCAGUCAGGCUAUCUUGGGCCUUAUCAGGACUCCAUUGUUUCCAUGACACAAAACUGCGUUCUCGUGAGCAACCUAUUGGGACAAACCUGUGUCUUCCUGAGUAAAGGCAUGGCAAAGUGCAGGCAGGCUGAUAGAGAACUUCGACCAGAAGAAAUGGAUGAACUGCGAGAUGCAUUCAAAGAGUUUGACAAAGACAAGGAUGGCUUUAUCAGCUGCAAAGAUCUAGGAAACUGUAUGAGGACCAUGGGAUACAUGCCUACUGAAAUGGAGCUGAUAGAGCUGAGUCAACAGAUAAACAUGAACUUGGGGGGUCAUGUGGAUUUUGACGAUUUUGUGGAAUUGAUGGGUCCCAAACUCCUUGCUGAAACUGCCGAUAUGAUUGGGAUAAAAGAGUUAAAAGAGGCUUUUCGGGAGUUUGACACAAAUGGAGACGGAGCCAUAAGCACAGCCGAGCUCCGAGAUGCAAUGAGGAAACUGUUGGGCCAACAAGUUGGUCUAAAAGAAGUGGAGGACAUCCUGAGGGACGUGGACUUGAACGGUGAUGGACUUGUUGACUUUGAAGAGUUCGUACGAAUGAUGUCUCGCUGAAAUCAUACAAAUGAUCAGCACUGAAUGUGAAGCUAUGUCCUUCUUUCCUCCCGACCACAUACAAGCAGGGACAUGCCAAGACCUUCUGAGCCAUUUAGAUCUAAACCACACUGGAAUUAAAACGCUUUCAAGCGAAGAAUCACCUCACUCUUUCAAUCAAUAAGUGUUCUUCCAGAAAACAGAAGUCUAGUUUGAACUGAGGUGGAAUUUGCUGUAGCAUAGCUCAUAAUUGCCUAAAUUAUGUCUUUUCUUUUUGUUUUUGCACUUUAAUUCUCACCAAAUAAGUCCCCGUUUGGCUAGCUCAUGUCCUGUCUCAAUGUGUGUGAAGCGUCUCUCCAAAAAUCGCCUUCGAUGUUCAGUAACAUCAGAAUCAGAGACUCGAUGCUGAAAGGAUGUCAAACAAUCAGCUCUGUUGAAUGUUUCUGUAAGAAUCCACUUCCUAUGCAUUGUAUAAGAAGUUGUAUGUACCUUUGCAUAACAAUGGUGCUCCACCGACACAGUCAUGUGGUAGACUCACAUCUGUAUGUAACUGUUUUCACUGUGCAAGUCCAGUUAAUCAAAACGAUCACUGUCUGAGAUGCAGCAAAGAUCUCCUUUAUAUGCCUUGCAUACUUGUUGUCUACUCGUGUUUGAUCCAGAGUGGUACAAUCAACAAACCUUAUCGAAUGUGCUGCUCUCCAAAAGUUGAAAUCAAGAAAGCCAAAGUGCUAAUGCACGUGGAGAAGCAGCGGCUUGCAGCAAUAUGGACCAUCUCUAGACUUUUAGUCUUUAAAAGCUCACUUGUUUAAAUCCAAUAAACUAUGGGAGCUGUUAGUGUAUUUUUUUAAUGUCCCACCAUUAAAUAGAAUGGAUUAAACCUGUAAACUGUAUUUGCAGUUGAUCUAACUAUGUUGUAUUUGUACUGUAUGUCACUGUCAUUGAGAUUGUAGGUGUGGUAAAGUACCACACGUGUUAUUAUUUUUUGUAUGCAUGCCAAAGAAUGACAUUCAUUGAACUUAGUAUGCACAUUUGUAUUUUGGUCCAACAAAAUAUUUCGCCAAGUUUCUUGUAGACAAAUAAAAGAUGUUUACAUUUGAGCUUUUUUUUUUGUUUUUGUAAUGGGAACAAAAAAAUCCUGUUAUUAAAAGGACAAUGUUGGCAAAGAACCUCCACACAAUACUGAUUCAACUGGCAGUAGUGGCAGUAGCUAGACUGGCUCUGCCCCAACCGUUAUUCCACUUUUCAAUGGACCUACAACCGAUGGGUGCCCUAAAGAGGUACGGCUCAGUUCUGUUUAAUGGGUCCAUUUUACAAUGGAAACGCUCAAAAUACU